AUGCAUGGUUCCUUGUCUCAAAUACCAGGAGCUUCUUUCUCAAGCAAGGAGUCAAACGGUCGAAUAGCCGCAUGGGUGAAACUGUUUGAUCCGAUUUUGAAAGGUUGUCGGUUAAAUGGAAACAACACUUGUGACUCUGGAGAUGUCAGGUUGGAGAUGGGGUUCUUAUAUCACCAACGAAUGAAUCGAGUUACGAGAAUGGAUAUCUGCACGACAGCUACUACAUACAACCGACCAUCCAAUUGCCCCUCUCCAUACACCUCCAUACGCCAUACAGCCAUGACAAGCAAGUCUCCCAUUGCCCAUCGCGAAAACCGAUCGCAUGCAUAUCCAAACGCUCAAACAACCCAUCCCAUCACCGUCCCAAAAGAAGCCCCUCCCGCGAACUCAUCAUCCACAUUGCGAUAUAUCGAAACCUCCAAUCGCCUCUCCCCAUAUACAAUCCAUUUACUUAGCACUUGGGCAUUUCUGAAAUACAAAGAUUGAUUAGCCUCCUAUCCACAUUCAUCCAUCCGUCUAAUCAUCCAUCUCCUCUCUCCUCCUCUCCCUCUCCUCAAUUCCUUACCUUUCCACAGCUGCAAACAUAAGUAUCCUUAUCCGCGCCCUCUGGAUACGCAACACCGCAGCUACACGCCAAACCGCCCUGGUUAACGAAGACUUGAAGACCUUGCAUAUUGUUGUUGACUUUCGACUUUGUGUGUGUGUGUGUGUGUGUGUUUCUUAAAAGGCAGGCAAGUAGGCAGGCAGAUGUUCGUAGAAUACAAAAGCUUUCGAUGUCAAGACCAGAUGUGCAGUUCAGAAGAAUGAUAGAUAGACAGAUAAGUAGAUUCCUUCACAAUAGAAAGGUACUCAAUGAAUAAAUAGAUACACUUCUCCGAAGAAGAAGAAAACGCAUCCAACCCUCCCUCCCCCUCCUAAACAAAUUCACCGAAUCUCUCUCAUCCAAUCUUACCCCCCUCGCUCCCUCGAGCAUCCCCACGUAACAUAAAUAACACAUCCCUUUCUUCCCCAUCUAUACCCUAUCUAUCUACCCAGCAAACAUCCCUCAACCUAUCACCACUACCCUCUUACCAAAUCUCAAAUUCUUAGCUAUGCCCCGCAAACCAACGGCAAGGAAGUCACCGUCUCCGUCGGGAAGAUUAUCAUAAUCUUGUGAUAAGAAUCUCAGAUACGCACUACGAGACCAACCAAUCCCAACAUCACACAUUUUUCCUCAUUUCAUCCAUCCACGCAAUUUACGCAUAUUCGUGCCUCGUGACCAAAGUUUAAUGAAUGCUCUUUAUGCAAGUCAAUCACUCAUCCGACCGUCCGAUAUCCGACAGAAGCACGCACGAGCCGUGUAGCAAUUUGGUCUAGGCGGAAUUUUUACUGUAACACAAAGCAAUGUUGCACGAGAAUGAGAUUUCCACGGAGAAGUCUACGGAGCUCGGAGAGCCUUACUAGGCAUUAUUAUUCCCACCUCUAUGUUGUAAACGAACGGAAUGUUGUACAAACAAGGUAGAAGGGC